AUGGUGUUGUCCAACAUAGUCGAAGACCUCGGCAAAGGCGCAUACCCAGCCAUUUCAGAAGUCAAAGAAGACAUCGUACAGGCAAGUGUACAGCAGGGCAACGAUGGAGUCAAGGUUCCGUCGGUGACACCCAUCAGCGAUCAUGCCCUAUUUGUUCCACGUUAUGAUAAAGGCAUGAAAGAUAUCACAGCCGGCGUCGGCAAACUACAAGUCCAUUACGAAUUACUGAGUCAAAGGUUGUCGUCGUUCGGAACGAGGCUCAGCACUGCCGAGAAGAAACGCAAGAAGCUGGUCAAGGUCUCGAACGCCGUGGAGAGAAAAAUCGAGGCCAGAAGGGCAGAAGUCCAAUCACUGGACAUCAAGUUUCUAUGCGAAGGGAUUAAGGACCGGGAUUUGGAUCUCUUACUUGAGAUGGAAACUUCGGAGCUUUGGGGCGCCAAGACCAGGAGGAAUAUCCAAAUGGAGAAGAUCGACAAGAAACUGGACGAAAUCGAUCGCUUCAUUGAGGCACACGAAGCAACGUAA